UAGGAGUUGUGACAUUCAUAUUCCGAGUGCUUCUUCCAAAAGAAACGUUACAUAAGAUUAUUUGGAGCAUUUAAUCUAGUGUUGCAUGCUUUCAAAUCAUAGUUAUGGAAAAUAAUGGGGAUUGUGUGGACAUCAACGAAGGUGUGGAAAGGUUCUACCUUACAACAAUGUACAGUAUCGAGUUCAUUGUGGGGCUCAUCGGGAAUGUAACUGUGAUAAGUGGUUAUAUCUUCUGCCUGAAGAAUUGGAAAUGCAGCAACAUAUACCUCUUCUUCCUCUCCAUCACUGAUCUGCUAUUUAUUUGCACUCUUCCCAUGUUUGUUGUCCAGUAUGCAAACGGCAGUGAAUGGUUCUAUGGUGAAAUUUGCUGUAAGUUUAAUCGAUACUUCCUCAACUCUAACCUCUACCUGAGUGUUCUCUACCUCACCUGCAUCAGCAUUGACCGCUACUUGCUGGUAAGAAACCCGACAAGGCUUCACUGGUUCCAGAGAAAGCAGACGGCAAUUGCGAUCUGUUUCACCUUGUGGGUCUUCGUCAGCUUGGAGCUGAUACCAAUGUUUACAUUCAUUGGCCCGAAGAACAUCACAGAUAAUGAAGAUCAUAUUGUGGUUUGCAUUGACUAUGCCAGUUCGGGGAAUGCGUGGGACAGCAUUAUUUAUAGCAUAUUCCUCACCAUUGUUGAUUUCAUCCUCCCACUCUGUGUCAUGGGAUUCUGCUGCAUUCAGACAGCUAAGAGCUUAAAGAAGAUAAGUGCUCAACGCCGCAGGAACAUUAAACUUGAAAAGCCCCAUUGCCUCGUAAUAUUGGCGUUAGUCAUUUUCACAGUACUCUUUACCCCAUAUCAUAUCAUGCGAAAUGUCCGUAUUGCUUCCAGAAUGGACAAUGACCUAUCGUUUUGCAAGCGUCGGGGCAUAAAGGCUGCAUAUGCCCUCACGAGGCCUAUUGCUUACCUUAGUUCUGCAAUAAACCCCAUCUUCUACUUCCUGCUCGGAGAUCGAUUCAGAGAGAUCCUCUUCAGGAAGAUGCCAUUUGUGGGGCCAAGACUGAUGUCCUUAAGGUCUUCAGCGACCAGCAUUACUCAUUAAACCUCCAAACAUCAAGAAAGCUCAUCAGCCGUAUCUUCUGAGUUUUUUUUGUCCAAAUAUUUUUUUCUUGGACUGCUGCUGGAGAUGUGUUGAGAUCCAUGCCACCUGCUUGAUUCAUAACCAUAGACAAGUCCAAGUUCAAGUUUAUUUUCCGUAAGGCCAUAAGACAUGAGAGCAGAAUGAGGCCAUUCAGCUUGCUUCGCCUGAUUAAUUGCUAAUUUAUUACACCUCUCAACUCCAUUCUCCCGCCUCCUCCCCAUAACUUUUGAUGCCCUUACUGAUAGAGAACUUAUCAACCUCCACUUUAAAUAUAUUCAGUGACUCGGCCUCCAACCAUAGGCAUGUAUAGAUCUAAACAAAUGACCAUUUCACUGGGGCCAACGUAUGAAACGUUGUACGUAAAGUCACACACACAGCUCAUAUCAUUACAACCCAGCUCAUGCAGACACAAAAUAAUAUUAGCACAGGUCUCUGAGUUGCAUGGCCUGAAGAUUGACAGGUUGACAUAAAGUGUGAGGUGCAAGCUUAUGUGAGACAGUAUAAUAUUACCGGCAUUAAUAAAGCAAGCAGUCGUAUAAAUAUGUGUAACAGCAGCAAUAAAAGAUGAA